AUGCUCUGCGCCACCAGCCGCCUCCUAGCGGCCCGGACGGCGACCGCGCUCCCCGCCCAGCCCAGAGGCCAGGGCCCCGGGGCCCGCUGCCGGCGAAGGGAACUACAUUUCCCAGGGCACCCCGAGCUGCCCCUGGGUGACUUCUUGGCGGGGCGGCUCGCAAGAUCGAGCGUGUCGGCGGGGCGGAGGGCGAUCCUGAGGAGGGGCAGGAUGCCGCCGGCGGUGGGCAGAGGCCCGGCAGGGUCCGAGCUGCGCCCCCGGCGGGGCCGCUGUGGGCCCCAGCUUACUAGGGCCGUGGGCCCGGACGUGGCCCCCGAGCCUACAGCGCGGAGCCCCAAACGGCCUGCUCGGGGCUCGCGGCGCUUCGAGGCAGCCGGCCGGUGGGCCCCGCUGGCCCUGGUGACGCUGCUGUCCUUCGCCACCCGCUUCCACCGUCUGGACGAGCCGCCACACAUUUGUUGGGAUGAGACUCACUUUGGAAAAAUGGGAAGCUAUUACAUCAACCGCACCUUUUUCUUCGAUGUGCACCCACCUCUGGGAAAGAUGCUGAUAGGUCUUGCUGGCUACCUGAGUGGGUAUGACGGGACUUUUUUGUUCCAGAAGCCUGGGGACAAAUAUGAACAUCACAACUACAUGGGAAUGAGAGGAUUCUGUGCUUUCCUCGGUUCCUUGCUGGUUCCCUUUGCCUACCUCACUGUAUUGGAGCUGUCCAAGUCCCUCCCCGCAGCACUGCUCACCGCUGCCCUCCUCACUUUUGAUACAGGAUGCCUUACUCUGUCCCAGUAUAUCCUCCUUGACCCCAUCUUGAUGUUCUUCAUCAUGGCUGCCAUGCUGAGCAUGGUCAAGUACAACUCCUGUGCUGACAGGCCCUUCUCUGCCCCCUGGUGGUUCUGGCUCAGCCUGACUGGCAUUAAUCUGGCUGGUGCUUUAGGGGUCAAGUUUGUUGGCCUCUUUAUCAUCCUGCAAGUGGGGUGGAACACCAUUUCAGACCUUUGGCACCUGUUUGGAGACCUCAGUCUUUCAGUGGUGACUGUGGGGAAACACCUGACCGCUCGCAUCCUGUGCCUCAUAGUGUUGCCGCUGACUCUUUACAUGGCCACUUAUGCUGUUCACUUCAUGGUGUUGAACAAAAGUGGUCCUGGCGAUGGCUUCUUCAGUUCUGCCUUCCAGGCCCGGCUUUCAGGCAACAACCUUCACAAUGCUUCCAUCCCCGAACAUCUGGCCUAUGGCUCCGUGAUCACCGUGAAGAACCUGCGGAUGGCCAUCGGCUAUCUCCACUCCCACAGGCACCUCUACCCCGAGGGCGUCGGCGCCCGCCAGCAGCAGGUCACCACCUAUCUGCACAAGGACUACAACAACCUGUGGAUUAUCAAGAAACAUAACACAAACGCAGCAGAUCCCCUGGACCCUUCAUUCCCAGUAGAGUUUGUAAGACAUGGAGACAUCAUUCGGCUAGAACACAAAGAGACUUCUCGGAACCUGCACAGUCACUAUCAUGAGGCCCCCCUGACCCGGAAGCACUAUCAGGUCACUGGCUAUGGCAUAAAUGGGACAGGAGAUUCAAAUGAUUUCUGGCGGAUUGAGGUUGUAAACAGAAAAUUUGGAAACCGGAUCAAAGUGCUGAGAAGUCGCAUUCGCCUCAUCCAUCUGGUCACAGGUUGUGUCCUGGGCUCCUCGGGAAAGGUCUUGCCCAAGUGGGGCUGGGAACAGUUGGAAGUUACUUGCACCCCAUACCUAAAGGAAACCCUCAACUCUAUCUGGAAUGUGGAAGACCAUAUCAAUCCCAAAUUGCCAAACAUCAGCCUGGACGUGCUGCAGCCCACUUUUCCUGAGAUCUUGCUGGAGUCCCACAUGGUGAUGAUCUGGGGGAACAAUGGCCUCAAACCCAAGGACAAUGAGUUCACAUCCAAGCCCUGGCACUGGCCUGUCAACUAUCAGCGAGCUCACAUAGAAUCGGCCUCCUGCCCAGGCUCCCUGUCUGUGGAAGGUAACUGGUCUUCCUCCCCGCCGGAGCACGUGUGGCUGGGAUGCACUGGGCCCUGGAUCAGCAGGGUGUCCUCUGCCCCGCAGGGCCUGCGCUUCUCAGGGAUCAAUGACACAGACUUCCGCGUGUAUCUGCUCGGCAACCCGGUGGUUUGGUGGCUGAAUCUGUUGAGCAUUGCCCUCUAUCUCCUCUUGGGGAGCAUCAUGGCUGUAGCUGUGCAGAGAGGGGCACGCCUGCCUGCAGAGAUUGAAGGGCUGUCCCAGGUCCUGCUGCAAGGAGGUGGUCAGCUCCUGCUCGGCUGGAUGCUCCAUUACUUCCCAUUCUUCCUGAUGGGCCGGAUCCUCUACUUCCACCACUACUUCCCAGCCAUGCUCUUCUCCAGCAUGUUGACAGGGAUUCUGUGGGAUACUCUCCUGCGGCUCUGUGCCUGGAGUCUGCCCUCCUCUUCCCUGGCCAGGGGCAUAUAUGCGGUGGGACUCCUGAGCCUGCUCCUGGGAACUGCCUACAGCUUCUACCUCUUCCACCCUCUGGCUUAUGGGAUGGUCGGUCCCCUAGCCCAGGACCCCCGAAGUCCCAUGGCAGGACUAAGGUGGCUUGAAUCAUGGGACUUUUGAGGCUACUGCUACUCCAGCCAGAAUCCAGGAACUUUCUGGGGACAGCCAGCUGUGCAGCCAGACCCUCCCAGCUGUGGGCAAAGCUGCCCGAGGAGCCUGAGGAAUUCUGCUGCCUGCCAGGACCAAGCUCUGGGAGCAUACCUGGAAUUUAGCCCAGCACUAGGGAGAGCUGCAGCGCUAUCUGCAGAGAUCCCACCGCUGGGAAUGGCUCAGCAACAGCGGACAUCUCUCAGGCCCGUUUCCCCGAGUGUGCAACAUAAGGAUGAGUGUGUGAGAGAAUGGGCGUGAGUGUGUGGGAGUGGGAGGGUUCGUUUUUCCAUACACCUGUGGAAUACAGACCGUGACUGUAGACAGCUGAGUGUCAUAAACUGUAAGAAAUAGUCCAGGGCUAUAGUAGUAUUUUCUGGUAUUUCUUUCACACUGGAUUUGGCUUGAAAGCAAGAGCCAUCAAAAAUUCUCUGACCUCCAACAAGGCUGAGCUCACUGGCCCCACUUUGGGAUAUCACCAAGGGCGGAGCAGAUGGGGCCAUCAAAGCUGUGCCGGCCUUCUCCCCACAAACAAAUAGAGCUGAGCGCCCCUGAGCUGGAGGGCCUCCCAGCUGCUUCCCAGUGUGGGGAGGAGGGCAGCUGCUGGGAGGUCUCUGGGGCAGCAGGUGGCUGCACUCCCUGCAGUGUGCACAGAAGACUGGGCUCUGGAGUGAGGCAGCCGAGCACUCACCAGCCCUUGGUUCCUUGCUCUCUGAGAACACCACAUGAUGACUGGUGGGAGGAAUGGCGUCCUAUCCCUGGCUGCUCUGUUCCCAGGCCCUGCGUGCCAGAGGUGGUUUCUUGCUAUGUCCUUUUCCGUCUGCAUCCAACCUGGCUACAAGGUGGGACAGAUGCAUUCUCCCCAUGGUUGGGGGAACCUUUGGGGCCCCUUAGCUGCUGAGGCUGGUGGGCAGCAGGGCAGGGACCUGUGGUGCCAGGCUGGGGUCCCAGUGGGCCUGUCUGGGUUGAUGUUCCUGUCACUCAGGAGGUGUUUCCCACUUUUACUUCUCUAGUCUUCCCUGCUGCCCUGGAUGCAUUUCAUUUCCCUUUCUCUGUGUCACUGUUCCACCGAUCUCUUUCUCCCAAAGACCUAGAGCACCUAGAAAUGCAGCAAAGCUUCUACUCUCUACCACUUUAAAGCCCAAGCAAGAAGCUCAGAGCUGUUCCUUUCACUUCCUUCCCAAAUGGAAGAGAUUAAGAAAACCCUUGGGUCAGAACCUAACCAGCCCCGGGCCUGCUCUUCAGGCUGCCUCCCUCCUGCCGGUGCAUGACAGAAUAUUUUGUCUCAGAGGACUGUGAUGCUUCCAGGUUUAAUGAUGAGGCUCUGCCACACUUCAUCUUCCCUCCUCUGUAGCCCCCACCACUUCUGACAGGGUCAGAGCUCUUUAGAGCAUCUUCGAGAGGCGGUUGCCACGGAGACUGGAAAUUGGGCCCAGGGACAGGCUGUGCUACCUACUGGGCAGUGGGGAGGGAAGCUUCUGGCCAUCCUUAGCCAUUCAGACCAGCCAUCAUUAAUGUUAAUAGAGGAAAUGCAGCAAUGUCAAAAGCAAGGCAGGUUUGUUAAUUAGAUCUGGGGUAUGAUGACCUCCCUCUCCCAGGGCUGCAACCCCUUUUGACUUCCCCUGGCAGGAAGUGCUGCCUGUGUGCUGAGUCUGGGCUAUGGGCUUAAUUGCGUUUCUGGAAGGGAAGGAGAGCAGGGAUAGAGAACUUCUGCUCACCCCUUCUACCGCACCAGUCUGUCCUCCCCAAAGAUGGAGUUGGUUUCUUCUAAGCUGGUUGGGGGUAGCCAUCUGGGUGGGUUUUUCUGGAGGGAGAAUGAAGAGUCUGUGCUUGCCCCUCAGCCAAGAACCAUGACCCCGUGACAACUGGGAGGUGACUGGUGUCCCCUUGCACCUUCUUAUUUCCUACUAGGGACUUGUUGGAAGGGAGGCACUCCCAAGGAGCAGAGAGGCAGCCACUCUGAGUGAGUGUGAGGAAGGAGAAAGCCCAGCCAGCUUCCUGCCCAUGGCUCCCUCCUAAUUUGGCCACACUGGGGACAAAGGGUUCCUCUCUUAAUACUGCGUUCCAAGGAUGAGAGAAGAAUUGUUGGCUCACUCCCUCCUCUUCCUCUUAGCCCAGACUAGCAGACACUUCUCUGAGGACAAGGCCAUAUGGGUUGAUGCAGCUUCCAGUGCUCAGGUUUGGUCAGUGGAAGACACUGAGGAGAGGGGCGAUCAAGGUGGGGCUCUGAAUGUGGGCUCCAGUGCCCAGGAAUUGGCGGAAAUGUGACAUGCCCCACAAACUUGCUGGUGGAGGAAGAAGAUGUUUGUUAGCCCAACCUCCAGCCAGCUUUUUGGGCCACAAUUUUAUAUAUAUAAAAAGUUUCCACAGAUAAUCAGAGGCCAUUUACUUUUGUAAUAAAUAGCUCUUAUUUUGAAUGCCA